AAGGCCCUUUGGUCAGUCAAUUGUCCAAACAAAAUGAAGAUUGUUUUGUGGCGUUUCGUGCAUGAUUGUUUGCCUACAGGUUUCCAGCUGGUGAGGCGUCACAUUCCAGCUAAGGAUGGCUGUUUUUUCUGCAACCGGACGGAGCGUGUGGAGCAUCUCUUCCUGCUGUGUCCCUUCGCCCGUUCCGUUUGGAAAGGGGUUAAAGAGGAGUUCAGUGUCAGGCUGUGUAGAAAAGACAUGGUUAAUGGCCGUCAAUGGAUGUUCGAUUUCCUGGCUCAUGCUUCGAAGCUCCAAGCUACUGUUGUGGCUAUCACUCUAUGGCAUAUCUGGGAAGCUAGAAAUGAGCAUUGUUCUAAGCCUAAACCUAGUCCCAGGCGUGAGUCUUCUUCUUCAACUCUUAUUUGGACUCCGCCACCUGCUGGUGUGGUGGCUGUGAAUGUUGAUGCGACGAUGUUUCCUUCUAUCCGACGGGUGGGCAUGGGCUUUGUGGCUAGGAAUCAUCUUGGGAAGUGCAUGUUUGCUGGCAAUGAGCAGCUUCAGGGCUUCUCUGAACCGGAGUUGGCUGAGGCGCUUGCCAUCCGGCGUGCUCUUGAGGUUUGUCGAUCUGAAGGCUGUUUGUCAAUUGUUUUGGCAUCUGACUGCCUCUCCAUGGUGAACAAAAUCAAGUCUACGGCUCAAGAUCGAUCAAGAGUGGGCACUGUUGUCUCGGACAUCAAGUCUCUUGCGUCUGGGUUUACUCGAUGUUCUUUCUUACAUGUCAGGCGUGGUAUGAAUGUAGCGGCACACAAACUAGCUCAUAGUUGUGAGCAUUAUGUUAAUCUUUUUUAUCUUGGUGUGGUUCCGGAUUGUAUCAGGGACGAUCUUUGCUGUGAUGUUCAGUAAUCAAGGAAGUACUGUUAAUCUCAACAACAAAAAGACCUCAUAAGUUUGCAUACAUCUUUCUUGUUCUUUUCUUCCUUCUAUUUUUUUCUUUUUCCUCGUACAAUGAACUAUUUCUACAAAAUCGAUGAA